GCGCCAAGUCCGACGACGUCAAGGCGCAGCUGCCGCAGUUUACGGCCUACAUGGACCAACGCGACUUUCAUUGCCCGACCUUGACAGUCAAGGAGACGCUCGAGUUUGCUCAUGCGUGCAGCGGCGGUGCCGCCGUGCCCCAGCGCGUCCUCGACUCGCUUGAGAACGGCUCGCCCGAAGAGAACGCACAGGCCAAGGCUGUGAUCCAGUCGGUGUCACAUGUACUAAAAGCACCUGUAGUCAUCGCAACACCUUGA